AUGGGGUUCGGAGACUUUGACUCGAUAUGCCGGAAGGCAGCGUUGCCGCUAUGCUCUCUUGUUGGACCGAAGGAGGGUUUCGCAGGGACCAGAGGAAUACUGCCGAACUGCUAUGCAAGGAGCAUUGAGGUCGCCAAUACGAUUAUUUUUCAGGGUGCGGCUGGAAUAAUACAUAUCCUGGCUUUGGGAAUGGCGAUAGUUAUGAUCAUUCAUAUUCGGUCGAAGUUUACUGCAGUUGGCAGAAAGGAAAUUAUAACGUCGUUCUACCUAUAUAUGGCUCUCACCGUCUGCUCACUUGUGCUUGAUACCGGAGUAACCCCGCCAGGAAGUCCAGCUAUGCCAUACUUUGCUGCGGUUCAGAAUGGUCUGACAUCCGCGAUGUGUACCAGUCUAUUAAUCAACGGUUUUGUUGGAUUCCAAUUAUACGAAGAUGGCACUACCCUUUCUGUGUGGCUCUUGCGAUUCUCUUCUUUGGGAAUGGGCUUAGUGUCUGGAGCGAUAUCCCUCUUGACAUUCCAGGGGUGGGCAGGUCUUUCCCCGACGAACACAGUUGCCAUGUUCGUGGUUCUCUAUGUGUUGAACGCUCUGUGUUUGGCCAUAUAUGUGGUCAUGCAGAUUAUUCUCGUCGUCAACACCCUCCAGGAUCGCUGGCCUUUGGGACACAUUACGUUUGGAGUCUUUUUCUUCGUUGCUGGACAAGUCAUCCUAUACGUGUUUAGUGAUACUCUAUGUGAAGGAGUCCAACACUACCUGGAUGGAUUGUUCUUCGUCACUUUCUGCAACCUUCUCGCCGUCAUGAUGAUAUAUAAGUACUGGGACUCUAUCACCAAGGAAGAUCUCGAGUUCUCUGUUGGUCUAAAACAGAACAACUGGGAAGUGAAAGAGCUCCUACCUGAAGAAGAGCGCCGGGCCACCCUUUAUGUCGAUAACAACUCAGAGUAUGCUGGUAGUAUGUACCACAGCCGAAGCUCAGCACACGGUGGUCAUUCAGCCUAUUAA